AUGGACCAGAGCAAUGUUGAGAGCAUUUUCAGCGAUAUACCAUCAGAGUCUGAAGAACGCAUGUUUACGAAGUUGGAGCCAAUUUGCGGUCAUUUGGAGAAGCGCAAGCGCCGCAAGGUUCUAGAGACGUUUGAACGGUUCUUCGCGGAAAGAGUACAACAGAUCACGGAGAGGAAAGCGCUCCCACGGAACGACGGAGAUGCUAUGUGUCCUGACGUAUCAAGUUCUGAUCUCAAAAAUCAGAGCGCCGCUCCAGAUCUGGAAGCAGAUAUCAUAGGGCAUCAACAUUCCAUCCCACAAAACUCUCCGAAGUUCCAGUAUCCGCCAGUAUUGCAGACAAUGUCAACAACGGAUAUCGUUGGAUCUUGGCAGGAAGGUGCACUUCAGGGACCGGUUGAGCCCAAUCUCUUCAACCUUCCAAAUGGAAGGAUACUCAACAACAUGCAGCCAGAACAUGAGGAUAUCAUCGUUACGGGCGAUGAAGUUCCCCCAAACGGAUGUACCAGUACCAUUGGCCCAUCGAGCACCCCCAGCAUUGUGUUUCCGAAUAAGACAUGCGACUUCGUUCCUCUCUAUGAUUCUAGCAACUCGUUGAAGGCUGAUGAAUUAGUUGUCGAUUUCGACUUCAAUGAUCUUCUGAAAGACUGGGUAGGGCAUGGUCCCUCUGGGACUGCUGGUGGAGUAACUGAUUACUUUCAUACUUGA